AUGUCCAUCCAACUCGACGACAAUGCAUGGCAUAAAAUCCUUUGGGGCUCCGUCUAUGUGGUGGGAAUCAUCGGUUCGUUGUGGGUCUAUGGUUUGCAGCAGGAGCGUAUCAUGUCCGUGCCAUAUGGCGACGACAUGUUCAAGACAUCCGUGUUUCUCGUCUUCUGCAACCGGUUCUGUGCCAUCUGGUUCGCCUUUGCGAUGGCCAAAAUUCGUCAAGAAGAGUGGACGUUAAAGGCCCCACUGGUUUACUACCUGAUUGUGUCCUUAUCCAACGUCUUUGCUUCAACAUGCCAGUACGAAGCUUUGAAGUAUGUAUCUUUCCCGGUUCAGAUGCUGGGUAAGAGCUUCAAGAUGAUGCCGGUGAUGCUCUGGGGCAUUGUCAUCUCGUCCAAGAGCUACACAGCCAAGGAGUGGGGUGUCGCCUUCUUCGUGACCUGGGGAGUGACGCAGUUUUUGCUCACCGGACCAAUUGCGACAGAAUCUGGCGAGAACGACGACCACACCAGCAACAGCGUCAAAGGGCUGCUUCUGCUGGUUCUUUUCCUCGCACUGGAUGGAAUCACCUCGCCGAUGCAAGAAAAGCUUUUCAAGGAAUACCAGUUGUCAAAGUACAACCAGCUACUGUGGGUCAACACCUUCUCUGCGAUUGUUUCCAUGACCACGCUUCUGACCACUGGUGGAUUGGGCGAUGCUCUGAGCUUCGUCCGCGCUCAUCCGCCGCUGCUUGGAGAUGCUAUGACCCUCAGCGUCUCGCAGGUUGCAAGCCAGUGGUUCAUCACAUCGCAGAUCAAGGACUUUGGUGCGCUGGUUUUUGCCGCUACGAUGAAUGUUCGACAGCUGGUGUCCAUCAUCACCUCCUACAUCAAGUACGGCCACUACAUCACCGGCCUCCAAGUGCUGGCCCUGGGCUUCGUCUUUGCAGCACUCUUCUACAAGAGUUACGACGGCCUCGUCUCAGAGAGCCCUGAGAAAAAGGCCGAAAAGGCUCCUCUGGUGCCCAAGGAGAGAGAAGGUGAGCCGCCGGAGGCUUCCAAGGACUCGAAGCUGUCAGCUUAA